UGGCUGGCUCAGUCAGCAUGGAGGUAGGUUCCUGUGGCAUCCGUUGGAGGGGCCCCGGGUCACUGUGUUUCCUCCCAGGGGUGACUUGGCAGCGAAAUGCUCUGUUUCCUCACUUCUGCAAUUGCCAGGCCACAAGACAGAGGCUUGAGCUGAGGCUUGGACUGGGAGGGACCGCAGAGCCUACGGCUGAGCUGCUAUAGGCACGUACAACGAACGCUCCAUGACCAGGUGACCCUUCCUGCCCAGCGCGAUGGAGUACAAUGGCUCGUCUCGCGUGGAUUCUGAGUUUCGAUACACCCUCUUUCCAAUCGUUUACAGUGUCAUCUUUGUACUGGGGGUGGUUGCCAAUGGCUACGUGCUGUGGGUCUUUGCCACCUUGUACCCUUCCAAGAAACUAAAUGAGAUAAAGAUUUUCAUGGUGAAUCUCACCGUGGCGGAUCUGCUCUUCUUGAUUACCCUCCCGCUGUGGAUUGUCUACUACUACAACGAGGGCAACUGGAUUCUACCCAAGUUCCUGUGCAACCUGGCUGGUUGCCUCUUCUUCAUCAAUACCUACUGCAGUGUGGCCUUUCUGGGUGUCAUCACCUAUAACCGCUACCAGGCAGUAGCCUAUCCCAUCAAGACUGCCCAGGCCACUACCCGCAAGCGUGGCAUCUCUCUGUGUCUGGUUAUUUGGAUAUCCAUCGUGGCUACUGCGUCCUACUUCCUGGCCACGGACUCCACCAACCUAGUGCCCAAUAAGGAUGGCUCAGGCAACAUCACCCGCUGCUUUGAGCAUUAUGAGCCACACAGUGUGCCCAUCCUUGUCGUUCACGUCUUCAUCGCUUUCUGCUUCUUCGUCGUCUUCCUCCUCAUCGUGUACUGCAACCUGGUCAUCAUCCACACAUUGCUCACGCGGCCCGUGCGGCAGCAGCGCAAAGCGGAAGUGAAGCGCCGGGCGCUGUGGAUGGUCUGCACGGUCUUGGCCGUAUUUGUCAUCUGUUUUGUGCCCCAUCACGUGGUCCAGCUGCCCUGGACCCUAGCAGAGCUGGGCUACCAGACCAGCUUCCAUCAGGCUAUUAAUGAUGCCCAUCAAAUCACCCUCUGCCUCCUCAGCACCAAUUGCGUCUUAGAUCCCGUUAUCUACUGCUUUCUCACCAAGAAGUUUCGAAAGCACCUCAGCGAAAAGUUUUACAGCAUGCGCAGUAGCCGGAAGUGCUCCAGAGCCACUAGUGACACGUGCACUGAGGUUAUAGUGCCAAUCAACCAGACUCCUGCGGUGUCACUGAAAAAUUAAUCUCUGCUUAUUAAAGCCAGACCCAGAGCCUUCUCUUCCUUGGACCUCACAGAUGAAACUGGGAGGUGAGAAGUUUCUGCCUGUGGCCAACUUCUGCUUGGACCCUGGUGGACUCAAGUAUGACAGUUACUUCCUCACAGAGAGCAGGUUGCAGGAAAAUAUAGAACUUGAGUGCUCCUUUUCACCCAUCUUUGGGUCAACACUAGAGGACUGCGGCCGAUGGACUCACCCAGAGCUUCAGAUUGUGACAUCCCAGCCAGGACCAGACCUUGGGGAGAGACACGGGCAGCAACGUAAAGUUUGGUCAGUGACUUCCGGGGGCUACAGGAAGAGGGAAGAGGCGUUGUGGAGACCCUUCACUGAUUGUGUGGAAAAUCUUUGGGGAAGCAAUUGCAUUUAGGAUGGUGCCUCCAUGUCCAGGUACAAGGUCCUUGUGACCCUUCCUAGAGGAAGUGGUUUGGUGGUAUCUCCUGACUGACCCCAGUACCUUGCCUCAAAUGUAACCAGAGGAGAUAACACAGAAGCUGACCAGAAGCUAGGAUGGGAGAGAGUUUGCUGAGGUAGCUGAGUUUUGCCCAGGUCUGGUGAAGAAAUGGAAGAGAGGUGGCCACCUCAGGACACUGCACUCUCUCUCCACAUCUGGCAGGCAGCUUCUUUUGAGGUCCUCUGGCCACCUGGUGGUGAUUUUUGACAAGUAUCUUAGUCCCAUUUCACACACUGUGCCCAGCUUCCCUGUCAGAAACAACUCAAGGAAGGGGAGAUUUAUUUUGGCUCACAGUUUAGAAGAUUUCAGUCUCUUACAGCAAGGACAGCAUGGUAGGGCAGCUCAGACUCUGGUGGUGGGAACUUGAGAUAGAGGUUGUUCAUAAGCCAGGAACCAAAGACUGCACUUUAACCUGGAUACAGAAUAUAACCCAUAGCCCAGUCACCUAUGUCCACAGCCAGGCCCUACCUUCUAAAGGUUCCACAGUCUCCCAGCAUUGAGGGAGCGGCCCUGGGCCAAUGAGGUGGUAAUGCAAAGCAGAGAGCACUCGCAGCUAACCCUGCUGACCAGAGUCUGAUCCCAGAAGCCACGUGGUACAAAAAGAGAACAGACUUCUGCAAGUUGUCUGUGGGCCUUUACCUCCAUCCAUGCUGUGGCACACACACGCCCUGCCUCCCCCAUAGACAUAGACAUAAAUACAUGUACAACAUUCAUAAAAUAAAGCAAAACAAAUGUGACCCUGUGGGAAUAUACAUGAAAUAGCAGGUGUAUUCAAAAUACGCCUGCUAUUCCAUUUAAGUGAGAUCCCUUCUUGCCUUCUGAGUAUUCAGAAGCCUCAGAUUCAGAAUGCUGAGGAUAUUUUCCUGUUUUCCUGAGUCUUGUGCUUCUUUAAAAAGAAAAAAAAAAGAAAGUCCUUCCUCCCAGUGAGUGUCUCCUUGAAGUUGAAUCAGUUGAUUCCCGUCCGACAGACAAGCAUAGGUUUGUUUCAAUAGGCAGUAACUCUCUUGGGCUUGGCGCGAUGGCGGUAGUCUGGACCUUGCUGAAAGGGACUAAGUAGUUAAAACGACAUACUUGAACAUCUUACAAACUCAGGUUCAAGUCUUGCCUGUGCUAAAUGCUGUUCAGGACUCGGGAAUUUAAUUUUCUACCUCUUAGUGUUAUGAGCUGGGAGGUUCGGCCUCCCUCACAGGACUUCUGAGCAGGGCGUUGUGUUCAGAUGACUCUGGGUUACUUAUCCCAAUCUUCCCCUUUCCUGAGAAUUCGGUGCCCUCAGUCCUUUGAUAGGAAUCCAGGGGACAUCUGGGUUCGGGGUACACCUUUUGGGGAGCUGCGACCAUGUCUAUAUGUGAAGUGGGUUGGGGGGCUACUUAGGAUUCUGGUAGACAAGUGGCUUUUCAAAGAAAUCAGGUGUGUUAGGCCAAGCAGAGGCCAGAAAGAAGCAGAACUUGGCGAGAAGACACAGCUUCCAGGGGCCAGAGGGGCCAGCUUUGUCAUGAGUCCUGGGAGACUCUUGUCAGGAUUCCAUCUCCUUCCUUCCCUAAGCUCAUUGAAAUGGGUGUCUAGUACUUUCAAUCAAAUAACACUCUCGGUUUCUAUGUUAAUAGAAAAUGGUAUAUUUUGAAUUUCAUCAUCUCUGUCUCUCCUUUGCCAUUGGUUUGCAAUAUCCAUGUACCACAGUAUGUUUACUUAAUAAACAUUUCUCUUCAAA